AAGUUGUGUCCCAAGUGUAAAGCGAGUACUGACAUUUCCAAUGGCUAGGAGAUUUCUCCCCAUCUUCAUCUUCUUCUUCUUCUUCAUCUCUUCCUUCUCCACAACUCCGGUCACCGGAGAAAAUGGAGGCUUUGCCAGAAGCCUAGACCGGAAGCUACUGGGGCUAAAGAAAGAAAAGCUCAGCCACUUCCGCUUCUAUUGGCAUGACAUCGUCAGCGGCCGCAAUCCCUCCGCUGUCCUAGUAGUGCCGCCGGCUUCCAACACCUCAACAGGCUUCGGUCUAGUAACCAUGAUCGAUGACCCUUUAACCUUGGGGCCAAAGAUGAGCUCAAAAUUGGUAGGAAAGGCACAGGGGUUUUACGCCUCUGCUUCACAGCAAGAGCUUGGUCUUCUAAUGGUGAUGAACUUUGCAUUCCUUGAAGGGAAGUACAAUGGCAGCACUAUCACCAUUCUCGGGAGGAACACCGUUUUCUCCGCCGUGAGGGAGAUGCCGGUGAUCGGAGGCAGCGGCCUUUUCCGUUUUGCUAGGGGGUAUGUUCAAGCCAGUACUCAUUCUGCUGAUUUCAAGACAGGGGACGCCGUCGUUGAGUACAAUGUCUAUGUGUUACAUUAUUGAUCGUUCAUCUUAGCUUUACUCUAUUUUGCUCUUUCUUUGGGUGAUGGCUUUUUGAGCAUGUUGGCUGUCCACUUUUGAUUGCUUUAAGCCAAGUGGGGUUUGGUUUUGUGUUAUGUAUGUUGCUUUAGAUUAGUGUGUUAUUGAAGUCUUUGAUUAGAUUUCAGAUGAAUUUAUAUGAUAUUAGUAAUUUCCACCAUA